UUUUGUCUUCACAUUUUUACCAACUUCGGUUAACAAUGUCGCAUGCUGGUGCACAGAAGGGCAGUCCCCUGACUUUGGUGUUGAUGGUUGCGUCUGCAGCCUUUGGAGGAACUCUUCAGUAUGGCUAUAAUCUGGCAAUAAUGAAUGCUCCAACAACUUUUAUUCAAACCUUCGUCAAUGAAACCUUCCUGGAGCGCUGGGACAUCCAGCUUGAGGACUACCAGGUGACCCUGAUCUGGACCAUUAUUGUCUCCAUUUUCUCAUUGGGGGGCUUAACAGGGGCUCUAAUCGCGGGACCUAUGACGAUACGCUUUGGAAGGAAGAAAUGCUUAUUGCUGAACAACAUCUUCCUCAUGACUGGAGCGCUGUUAGCUGUGACGAGCAGAGCUGCUAAGUCUUUUGAGAUGAUCAUCAUCUCACGUGUCCUGGUUGGAAUAAAUGCUGGAAUCAGCAUGAAUGUGCAGCCCAUGUAUUUUGGUGAAAGUGCACCAAAGCACCUAAGAGGAGCUGUCUCUUUGUCAUCAGCUGUUUUCACAGCAUUUGGUGUUGUGUUGGGGCAGGUGGUUGGACUGAGGGAGAUUUUGGGCAGUGAGCCUUGUUGGGAGUAUCUCCUGGCAAGUAAUGCCAUCCCAGGCCUUGUGCAGCUCAUGACCCUGCCAUGGUUUCCAGAGAGCCCCAGAUACCUGCUCAUCGACAGGGGGGACAAGGAGGCAUGUAUUGAUGCUUUAAGACGUCUGCGAGGCUGUGAAGUCCAGAGUGGCGAGCUUGAAGAGAUCCUGCAGGAACAGGCUGAAACCAAAGGCAUGAAGCCGUGCAAGCCCUGGGAGUUGUUCACUGAUCGCUCUAUGCGCUGGCAGCUCAUCUCUGUCAUGAUCAUCAGCAGCGCCAUGCAGCUCUGUGGAAACGACUCGAUUUAUUUCUAUGCAUCAUAUGUGUUCAAAGAGGCAGGAAUAUCUCCUGGUCAGAUCCAAUACAUCACCAUCGGCACAGGGACGUGUGAAUUUACAGCCUGUAUAAUGUGUAACCUGCUGAUAGAGCGCAAAGGUCGGAGGUUCAUGCUGAUGGGUGGAUUCAUCCUCAUGACAAUCUGGGCGGUGGUCUUCACGAUUGCUCUGUCUUUUGAGCACUACAUAUCGUGGAUGCCGUACCUGAGCAUGGCGUGCAUUUUCACCUACAUCCUCAGCUUUGGCAUGGGACCAGCUGGUGUGACUGGCGUCCUACCUACAGAGAUUUUCAACCAGGCCGCUCGGCCCGCCGCCUACAUGAUCGCUGGCUCCAUGAUGUGGCUCAACCUUUUCAUCACUGGAAUGGUUUUCCCUUUUCUAGUGAGCGAGUUGAGCGAGUAUUGCUUCGUGCCUUUUGGAGCCGUCUGCCUGUUGUCUGCGCUGUACAUCGGCCUGUUUCUGCCUGAGACUAAGGGGAAGUCUCUGUCUGCCAUCACCAGUGAAUUUAACAAGCUCAACUUCAAAGGCCAGGAGAAAAACUUCCCCUCACAAGCUCAGUAUCAGCUGGGUGAAGUGUGUCAUUCUACAGCCUUGUAAAUGGACUUUAUUUCUUUUGUAAAACCUCAGACACAUCCACAACACUGCCUCUCUUUGACCUGAUCUGCUGGAAGACGUCAUGCAGAGACUGACAAACACAUGGUUUAAGUUAUGGGUGGGAACUGUGGGGUAACCUACACUACUCUACAAUAUUUAAUGCAUUAUAGGAUGCGUGAUUUGUGUUUGGUGAUAUACAAUAUAAAUACAUGGUCCAUGGUACAAAUAAUAACAUCAUGUUAUCAUGAAAUUUGAUUACUUUAGGAAAAUAAAGUGUCGUAAGGUAAAGUGCAGGAUUAAUGUAUUUAUGCUCUGUACUGUGGUGUCAUUUUUACCUCCGCUGUCUGUCAACUUCUUCUUUGGCCAUUUAAGCUACGGUUCAUUUUACCCUCAUUCAUAAAAACUGUGAUAUUUAGUAUUAGGGACUCAAAGUUAGGACGACAGUAUGUUGCAGCGUUUUGUCCUACCCCUGGUUUAAGUUUCAUCCCAUAUAAACUAAACUGUACCCUUGAUGAUAUAAAUGCAAAACUAUUCGAUGGACUGUGGCAGAAAAGUAAUUCUCUCAUAUAUGAGGUGAUGUGUUUUAUUCUGUCAGAUGAAUUUAAAAUGGUAGCUGAAAACAGUUAGCCUGAGUAGUUAUCCACCACCACACAACACAUUUAUUUAUAAUUUUUUUGUAGGUAGAGAAUGAAGAAAAUUUGUCUGUUUUUCUUGUUUUAUCUGUACAGAAAUGUAUUAACAAUUCCACUGUCAGACUGUGAUUUAUCCUCCAACUAUGAAGGCCUGAGGUCAACGGACUCUGCACAUUUCAAUGUUUCAACAACCUUUAGGAUGUGAAAAGGAGGGAAAUAAUAUUAGUUGGACAGAAAAAUACAACAACUGAAGUCACUUUUCAUUAAAAAAUGUCUUUAUGUCAAACAUGUAAUGCUUUUAGUAAGGACUUUAAUCUAUUUUUA